GAUAGAGAGAGCGCAGAGAGAAAAGAUCAAUUCUUGCGCAGGUCAUUCUAUCUUGGGUUCUAAUACUGCUCGGCGCUUGCUUCAUCAAUUUCCGCGGCUUCUGUUGUUUGAUUUCUUAUUCUUAGAAAUGAGUGGUGCAGUGAGUUUGUCUGCAGUCUUGACAAAGUCCUUGAUUUCUUCUCUUCGUACCACAUAUUGUAGAAAUUUAGGGAUGCCUAUGACUCUCAUUCAUAGUUUAGCCGUCACCCAUGUUUUCAGAAAGCAGGCUAAGAUGUUCGGUUUGUGUUCUUAUGGUUCAAGAACCAAAACAUUCUCUACUUCUUCUUCAACAACCACUUUUGGCGCCACUCUUAGCAACUCCUCAUCCGAUUGCCCUUACCCUGAAUAUAAUCGGUUGCUACCAUGUCCAUCACAAAAUGGACUGCCAAGAGUCGAACAUUUAGUUGUCAGAGAAGGGGGACCUAUUCUCGAAUAUAUUAGUAAAGCAGUGGAUCUUCCUCCUCAGUUUGUUGCAGAUCUUAUCCAUUUUGGAGCUGUAUAUUAUGCACUAGUUUGUCCAACGCCUCCUCCAACUGCAACCACUGAGCAAAUUAAGAUUUUUAAAGAAGUGACAGACCCUGAUGUUCUUCGCAAAAGAAAAUCUAUCAAAGGGAAGACUUUCCGAGAAGCACAAAAAACCUUUCGCAUAACCCGUGUUGAUGAAUUUGUCGAAGCGGGUACAUACUUGCGUGUUCAUAUACAUCCAAAACGCUUCCCAAGGUGCUAUGAGAUUGACUGGAAAUCAAGAAUAAUAGCUGUUACUGAGUCUUACGUGAUAUUGGACAAACCAGCUGGCACAUCGGUAGGAGGAACGACAGAUAACAUUGAAGAAAGCUGUGCAACUUUUGCUACUCGUGCUUUGGGGUUAACAGACCCAUUGUGGACUACUCAUCAAAUCGAUAACUGCACUGAGGGCUGUGUUGUUUUAGCUAGGACAAAGCAGUACUGCUCAGUUUUUCAUGGAAAGAUCAGGGAGAAAAAGGUGAAAAAGCUUUAUCUUGCAUUGGCUGCUGCACCUGUCCCCGUUGGAGUAGUUACCCAUUACAUGCGUCCAGUGAAUGUUGCGCCUAGACUUGUAUCAAAAGAUAUUACUAAAGGAUGGCAUAUGUGCCAGCUUGAAGUCUUGGAAUGCAAAGAAGUUCCUUGGCCGACUGCCUCCACUGAACAGAAAUUGCGUAUUGACAACUGUGGUUGGCCCAAAAAGGAUGUUGCAUAUGAGUGUAAAAUCAACCUUUUAACAGGCAAAACUCACCAGGUUAGAGCUCAACUGGCUGCGAUUGGUUCUCCCAUAGUGGGUGAUUCAAUGUACAUACCCGCUGCGAUUGCAGAGGCAAUGAAUCCUGGACUGAACCCGUUUGGUGAAGAUGGGAAACAUUAUGAAAGCGAGGAUGAAAGAACAAAAGCUGUGGAAGAAUGGAUGGCGCAGCAUGGUAAGGAACCAAGUAUAGCAAUUGGUCUACAAGCAUGUCAAAUCUCGUGGGAUGACGGGGAACAUUUUUAUGAGGCUAGAACUCCUUGGUGGAGAUGAAGUAAAAUUCAAAAAUUUGACGUUCACUUCAUCAAUGCCGCUGUCGGAGAGAAAUGAUACCAGCGGUGUGGCUUUUGCUUGUGAGAAACAUAAAAUACAGUUGCAGCAGAAACACAAAAGAGGAUACCCACAGAAAUACACAACGGGUUCUUUCCUUGGCAGCAGUGUUCUGGAUAGGAUGGUUUUAUAGCCACUUUCACUAAGUCACCAGAUUUUGCAUACUAAAUUUUCCAAGAAUGUAAAAGAGUAGGGGUCAAUUUUUUUAUACAUGUAGUGAUUUCUAGGGUAACAGUCUACUUUUUUCUAUUUCUUGUUUUAUGCAAGUUUCCGGUGCAUUUUUUUACCCCA